AUGCACUAUAGUAAUGACUUCACAACAGCUGGACUCAAUCAUCUGGCUACUGCAUUACAUGAUAACAAGACGUUGACUUUUCUACGACUCGCAAGUAAUAGUCUUGAAGAUGUAGAUGCACAGCAUCUAAGUAAUGUCUUACGCCAGAACAAAGUGCUUACGAUCCUCAAACUGCAAGAUAAUCGAAUUGGAGAUGCGGGAGCAAAAUAUCUUGCUAAUGCGUUAGAAAAUAACACAGUACAUAAUGACAGGGUCUGGCCGAAGCAUUACACAAAAACCAUCACUGCACUAUAUCUGGAAAGUAAUAAUAUCACAUUCGCAGAUGAUGGAGUCCAACAUUUGACUGAAGCCCUACAAAAUAACACAACAUUGACGGUGCUAGAUCUUGCAAACGCUGAUAUUCGAGUUAAGGGAGCACAAUACCUCGCUGAUCUAUUGAUAAGUGAUAACACGAAGCUCAGUAGGUUAUACCUGAAAAAUAACUCUGUGGAAGAUGUUGGAUCACAACACUUGGGCAAUGCUCUACGAAAGAAUCAAACGCUUAACACAUUUUUGAUCGGGUCGAAUCCUUUUGGUCACUACGAAGCACGCCGGCUAGCCGAUGCUCUAGCUUUCCAUACUGUUUUCUCUACAUAG